GAGAGGUGAGCGGGUGAUCAGGUGAGAGGGUGCGGGGGAAGGGGCCAGAGUGAACCGGGGCCAGCAGGUACAAGUAAAUACCUGUGCUCGGUAAUCCGGUGGGGGAAAAAAAUGACGACUAACUCACGGUCGGGGCCCAGGGUCCCGUCCGACAUCUCUCAAAGCCCCAGUUGCUCGCGAGAGACCCUAACGUACUCUUCAGACAACGGAACUUGGACCACACCUUACAUUUUUUUUUUAAUUUUACGACCAGUCGGUAAAUCUUUGACGUGUCACGUUGCAGUGAAGUGAUAGUUGCUGAAGAUUUUUUAAAACAAUCAGUGCCCUAAGACAUUUUGUAAACUGGGAUAUUAAUCCUAGAUGUCAACAACCAGCCUAAGAAAUAACGAUUGAUUCUCAAGUGCUUUUGUAUUAUCAAAGUGCAUAAGACUUUCAAGGUGAUAGAAAUAGUUAUAACGUGGACAUUUAUCUACAUGUGGUGACUUGACACUUGUCAAGGACUAUUGUGAUUUAUGUUUAUACGGAAAACGCUAUUUUAUAAUUGUUCCGUGGAGUAAAAGUUCAAGGUCAAUGUGGAAUCAAUUGGGGGGACCCAUUGUUUGAAUAGUCUAUAAACUUGUUUAUCAAGGGUGUAAAUGUUUGUGAAACAGGUAUUUUGAACUUGAGGGGGUUGUUAAAAUGCCGAAAAUAUUUUUGAUUAAAAACCGUUUGCACCAGCAACAAUUGCGGUUGUUGGAAGCACAACAUUUGAGUAAAUCACCGCCUAAUGGAAAGGAUAGUCCAUUAAGUACCGAACCACUCAGUCUCAUUGUCAAUAAACAUCAGUAUCGCGAUAAAACAGAGGACGAUCGUGCGACAACUCCUGAAUCUGUACGCAGCAAUAGUCCAGCAGUAUCACCACCACCACAAUGGCAACCAACAUCCACACCCGCGAAUCCAAGCUCGACACCAAGGCGCUUUAUAUCAAGUAUUUUAGGCGGUGAUGUCCCGUACGGAAGUCGUACGCACGUACUAACACGUGCUGAACGUAAAGAAUAUGGAAGUCCAGCGAUUGUACCAACGGGAGACAAGUUUCCACGUAAAGCUGAUAAAAUUGAAUUGCCUAGACCACCGACUCCUCCCAAAACACCGCGAGUUGAACCUCCGACGAGAGUUUCGGUGAUACAGCGGGUGCCACCUCAGACCCAACCACCUAGACAAGAGCAUACUAAAAUAGAGAUACCGCGGACUACGGAACCAGAACAGGAUCAGCCGAUUGACUACGCGGUGCCGAAGAAAAAUAAAGAGGAAGAUCAGGAUGAGGAGCAGAGUCGUGAAGGGGCUAAAGCUUUGCGAAUUAGUAAUUCAAUUGCCCGGCCGCUUUUGGCGAUGAGAUUAUCGGGUCCUCAGACUGUAAAUGCAGCCGCUGGACAUGGGAGAGCUAGUUCCGGUAAUUCGGGAUCCAGCGGUUCGAGCGGUGGCAGCUCUGCAGGAAGUGGUGGUGGUUAUUCGGGUUCUGGGUCGGGUGGAGGUGAUAUUGGUGGAGGUGCUAUGGGUGGUGGUGGAGCUGGGGCUGGGGGUGGAGCUAGUGGUGGUGCUGGAGACGGAGGUAUGAAUCCUGGUGGUAAUGGUGGUCGGGGUAAUUAUGGACCAAGUUCACCACCUUCGGGUUCGCUACCCCCGUUUUAUGAAUCGCUGAAAGGUGGGAAUAAUCUAGCUAAUUUUGUAAAUCAAUAUACGGGACAGAAUGGUGGAUAUUUGACGCCAACUAACGUUGGUAUGGAAUGUGAUACUGGACAGCAAGAUAUUCAGCAGCAAUACAACGCGCAAGAAGGUAAACAAUACUCAUUGCUGCAGAAUGUAUGCGCGUCCUAUGAGUUAGUGCUCAAAGAAGAAACUGACGAAGACGAGCUAGGAGAUUAUAAAAUUCAGCCCAAUGACUUACUGUCCGGACAGUACGGAACUUACGAUGUCACUGACUCGGGAAUGAUGGUCGACAUGGUAACCGGUGCCGUAGUAGAUCCUUUGCAGUUUACUGCCACCCUUACAUUUAGCUCACCAACGGAUCACACAGCACUCCUAGAAAGCUUAACAGAUGCUGCAGAAUUGUUUCUGCCCCGUUUGCCAGCCGAUGAAGGAGGCAAUGAUCUGUUGGAAGAUUCGCUUCAUUCCCCCGGAUCAGCCACUAGCCUUGGCCAUGACGGACAGAUGACUACUCCUGUAGAACCUUCGGUAGACCCAUUUCCCGAGCACAGUAUGGCUCUUCGAGGUUUCGAUACCACAAGACAUUACAACGCGAAUCAAUUUUCCCUGUCAAAGUUAUCAGGAAUAACUCCAUACCCUUCCGAUGAGUCUAGUUAUCAGCCGCUUGCCAAAGAACGCCCUGAAUUGGCGUUACACAUCAACAACCAAAACCAGACGCAUCAGGAACCGCAGCUUCAACAACUGCAGAUUCAGGUCCAGAUGCAGCAGCAGCAGCAACAACAACAACAACCUGCCACAUCUCCACAUCAACAUCAUCAUCAGGGAUUGUUGAGCCCUGGUCUCACCUUCUCUGGAAGUGGUUUAGACCUCGAUACCGGAAGCAGUACAGGCGGUAGUUUACCCAGUCCAGGUGCCGGAAGCUGUUCUAUUGACGCAACUUCAACAAGUACGUCACCAGCAUGCGGACUUAUGGAACACGCACCAAGUCCAUCGGGUGUCACAGCAACUGUGAGUUCAUCAAUCAGCGUUGGCGACCCGUCCCUAACACAACGGCCUGGCGUACUCCAGCAGAGGUUGGGACUUCCGGGUGAUUGUCAAUUGGAAUUCGUCAAUGGCGGUCAUGGAAUCAAAAAUCCAUUGGCUAUUGAGGGACAGCGGCAGACUAGUAAUCGCGACGAAGAACGCGUUAGUCGACCAGCUUCUGGCAAAGACGAUGAUCCAAAUCGUUUCUCCUGCCGUAUUUGCAGCAAAACUUUUAGCUUACAACGGCUACUAAACCGUCACAUGAAAUGUCACAGUGACGUUAAACGUUACUUGUGCACAUUCUGCGGUAAAGGUUUCAACGAUACAUUUGACCUUAAGCGUCACACACGGACACAUACUGGCGUAAGGCCGUACAAGUGCAAUCUCUGCGAGAAAAGUUUUACUCAGAGGUGCUCACUCGAGAGCCACUGUCUCAAGGUUCACGGUGUUCAGCAUCAGUACGCUUACAAGGAGAGACGGACAAAGGUCUACGUUUGUGAAGAGUGUGGACACACAACUCAGGAGCCCGAAGUCCACUACAUUCAUCUCAAGGACAAACAUCCUUACAGUCCAGCCCUGCUGAAAUUUUACGACAAACGACACUUUAAAUUUACCAACACUAAUUUCGCUAACAUGCUACUGCAGGUGCGCACCUAAGAAAAAAAAUUAUAUAUACAUAUACUUCUCUCGCCUACUUUCACCCUCCAAGUACCUAAUCGUGAUUCUCUCCGGCGACUUAUUUGAUUUUCAUUAAAAAGAAAAAAAAACUUAAGAACGAUCGAUCGUUUUUCCGAUACCGAUUUAAUUGUUAAUCUAGUAACCGGAAACUAAGACUCAGUAUUUUUAAACUGUUAAAUUAUAAAAAAAAUUAAGUUAUUAUUUUUAAUGUAUAUAACUAUCGACUAUCGACUAUCGGGUGGUGGCGGGAAUUUUUUUAAACAAAUGGGUAUAUUCGAAAAAAAAAAAAAAAGAAAUGGUUUACUCAGUUAAGCUGUGGAUGUACGGAAAGAUAUUUUUUGAACGGGUCCAUCGAUUCUAAUGAUUCUUACAGUGAUCGGAAGUGCCGAUUUUUUAGAAGACCUCUGACUUCUGAUUGCCGUGAGAAUUAUUUGAAAGAAUAUCACUCGGAAAAUUUUAUAUACAUCUAAAUAUAGGGCAUUUUAGGUCAAAAUAAAAACAAUUUUGAUUUUUUAGUUAAAGUAAAAAAAGAUAUGAAAAAUUAAUUUUUUUAAAGAAGUAAUCGAAGAUUUUAUUUUGAAAAAUAUUAGAAACUGAAUAUUUGAGAGAAAAAAUUUUUUCAAUCUCUUCAUAACUUGUAAAAACGACCAAAUAUGAUCAUAUAUGAUUAAGUAUGAUCAGAUAUUAUCAUAUAUGGUCAUAUAUUAAUUUGAUUUUGAUAAGACAUGAAUAUAUAUGACUAUGCAUGGUAUCUGAUAUUACAAAUGACUUGAUCUGAUAUGAUCAUAUGUGAUCAUAAAUGAUAUCAGACGUGAUCAUGUCCGGAAAAAUACUCAGAUAUGAUGAUGUAUGACCAGAUAAGAUAAUUUAUCGUAUCUAAUCAUAUUUUAUGAUAUGAGUUCUCAUAUAUGGUUAGACUUGAUCAUAUAUGAUCAUAUAAUGAAUUUUUUUGUAUCUUGUCAGAUUUAAGUGUUCAUGAGUGAUCAGAUAUGACUAUUAAUAUAUGAUUAAAUAUGACUAUUCGUAUAUGAUUAGAUACGACCAUUCCUAUAUGAUCAGAUAUGACUAAUCAUAUAUGAUUAAAUACGACUAUUUCUAUAUGACCAUUUAUUAUUAGAUAUGACUAUUCAUAUAUGAUCAGAUAAUGUUUUUUUUGCAUCUUGCCAGAUUUAAGUGUUCAUAUGUGAUCAGAUAUGACUAUUCAUAUGUGAUCAAAUAAUGAAUUUUUUUGCAUCUGGUCAGAUUGAAGUCUUCAUAUGUGAUCAGAUAUGACUAUUCAUAAAUGAUUAGAUAUGACCAUUCCUAUAUGAUCAGAUAUGACUAUUCAUAUGUGAUCAAAUAAUGAAUUUUUUGCAUCUGGUCAGAUUGAAGUCUUCAUAUGUGAUCAGAUAUGACUAUUCAUAUAUGAUCACAUAUGACCGUACCUAUAUGAUCGGAUAUGACUAUUCAUAUAUGAUCAGAUAGUAAAUUUUUGUAUCUUGUCAGAUUGAAGUGUUCAUAUGUGAUCAGAUUUGACUAUUCAUAUAUGAUUAAUCAUAUAAUAUGGUCAUAUAUGAUCAGAUAGAAGGUUUAUUUGCAUUUUAUGAGAUGAAAGUGUUGAUGUAUGAUUAAAUAUGAGUGUUGGUUUUACAUGAUCUUAUAUGAUCAUACAUGAGUAUUCAUAUUAGAUCAUAUAUGAACAUAUUUGGUCAGAUUAAGGUAUUAAUUGUAUCCGACAGAUAUAAAAAUUUAUAUAUAGCCCUAUCUAAAUAUUUUUACUCGGAUAUAAAUGAAAAAAUUUUUUGUUAUUGACUGCCCUAAAUUGCUUCGUAUACUUAAAAAAAUCAUUUAUACAACCGGUUAACCUGUGAUACGGAAUGGUUUAAUUUUUCUUAAUAUUUUUCAGAAAUUAAAUUAAAAUAAUUAUAUUUUUAAUUUUAUUUUCGCAGUGAUCAAGAGGAAAUCAUAAAUAUAAGAUGAGAUUAUUAUAAUUAUUAUAUAAAUAUUAAAAUGCAAUAAUUAAAUUUCCUCAUACGAUCAUUUAUUUAUUAAUUGAUCAAUUAAUUAAUAAUUUAUAAUUAUUGAAUUUUUCUAUAUUUUAUGAUUAUUUAUCAUAAAGGGGGUUCGUGCAAUUAUAUAUAUUUUUUUUUUAAUUACAAUGAUUUAAGAUAAUAAUAAUUUUGCACCCGGUUAAUUAUUAUUAAUAAUAAUAAAUAAUUAAUUGUUAGUGGGUACGUAUUUUUUUUUAAUAUUAAUGGUGCAUAAAAUUAA